AUGGCAACAACCUUUGUUAGACAGCUCUUUGUAUCACCGGAAAUCAACCCAAGUACCCGCAAAGCAAAAUCUAUUCCCGUAUUGAACCCUUUCGAUCAGUAUGGACGGGUGUUCUUCUUCUCAUGGCUUGGUUUCUUGGUGGCAUUCCUAUCGUGGUACGCCUUUCCACCGCUGUGUCUAAUCCCACCCGUCUUUUUAGUUGAGCGUGACCAUCAAAAAGGACUUGAAUAUGACACAAGACGAUGUUGCCAACUCAAACAUCGUCGCCCUCUUAGCAACGUGAGUACUAGGGUAUGCAAUCGAUCAAAGAGACACUUUUCUGACCGCUACAGUCUACUCGUCCGAUUUAUUGCAGGGCCACUCUGUGACCGCUAUGGCCCACGCUUGGUCUUCGUGGGACUACUCCUAUGCGGAGCCAUUCCCACAGCCAUGGCCGGUCUCGUCACUGGGCCCAAGGGUCUGAUAGCCCUACGAUUUUUCGUUGGAAUUUUGGGAGGAACAUUCGUCCCAUGCCAGGUCUGGUGCACUGGCUUCUUCGACAAAAGUAUUGUCGGUACUGCCAAUUCCCUCGCUGGAGGCUGGGGUAAUGCAGGCGGAGGAAUCACAUACUUUUUGAUGCCCGCCAUCUACGACUCUCUCGUCCAAUCCCGCGGUCUCCCUUCCCACAAAGCAUGGCGCAUCGCCUACGUCGUUCCUUUCAUCAUCAUCACCGCUAUCGCCUUAUGCAUGUUGCUCCUCUGCGAGGAUACACCAACCGGAAAGUGGUCUGAGAGACACCUCUGGGCGAAAGAGUCAAGUAACACCACCGUGGUCGCAGACGGCAACAUCGUUGACAUCAACUCCGGCACGUUUUCUAGCGGAAUGACGACCCCCUACAACGCUGCCACAACCGAUAUCGAAAAGAAAGGCGCCCAGUCCCCACGAGUGGUAGAUGCUGAAGCAUCAACAAUGGGUCAGAUGGACAUCUUCAAACAAGAGACAGUCGUGUCCCCAACUCGCCGUGAAGCGCUGCGCGUGGCCCUGAGUCUAUCCACUAUGGCUCUGGCAAUCCCAUACGCCUGCUCGUUUGGCGCAGAACUAGCAAUCAACUCGAUUCUGGGAUCUUACUACAAAAAGAACUUCCCACACAUGGACCAAACAAAAUCGGGACAGUGGGCUGCCAUGUUCGGCCUGCUGAACGUCGUCUUCCGACCGGCAGGUGGUCUAUUUGGAGACUUGGUUUACCGGUACACAGACAAUGUCUGGUCUAAAAAGCUUCUGAUCACCUUUUUGGGAGUCUCGAUGGGGGCCUUCCAGCUUGCGAUCGGAUUAUCGAACCCGUCCAACGAGGCGGCUAUGUUCGGUCUUGUCGCGGGGAUGGCUUUCUUCCUUGACGCAUCUAAUGGUGCCAACUUUGCUCUUGUGCCUCAUGUGCACCCUUUUGCUAAUGGCAUUGUUUCUGGAAUUGUUGGUGGCUUCGGUAAUAUCGGGGGAAUCGUCUUUGCUAUUAUCUUCAGAUACAACGGCUCAAGCUACGAGCGAGCGAUGUGGAUCAUCGGUGUUAUAUGUUUGGCGGCUAAUUUGGCCGUUUCCUGGAUUCGUCCUGUUCCUAAGAGUCAGAUGCAAUCAUGA